AUGGCCUCCGGAUAUGGUCUGCACGGAGGUCCCGGCCGGUGCUUUCCCUUCUGGCAAGAAGUCCUCUCCUGCUACGUCGUCAACACAUCUGCCGAGGAUGACUCGGGGAAGAAGAAGUGCGCGCCCAUCCUAGAGGACUACUACGAGUGCCUGCACCACAAGAAGGAGGCUGCCAGAACCAGAGCUUUGCAAGCCGCCUACCGAAAGGCAGAGGCUUCGUCGGGACGAGAGAACGCACCGACCGCCGGGCAAAUAAGAAAUUUGGGGCUGCUAGACAAGGACGACGACACCAAAAAGGUCCUGGGAAACUGA